AUGCUUAUUGCAUGUACAUCUAUAUCAUUUAUCUUUUUUAAAUUUGCAUCAUUUUUAGCAAGAUGGUAUUUUUUUAGAAAAGCUUACUUUUUGACGACAAAUUUUUUUGAAAAUAAAAAGAAAUGUAUUAAAAGUGGUAAACAUGAUCGACAUCUUGAAGAUAAUAAAGAAUUUAAAUAUGUGAAUGAUUUUAUUUCACUUAUUCAUUCAACAAUGUGUACAUGUUCUGUUGCAGCAUUUAUAGUUUAUUAUUUUAAUAGUUGUGAAUAUUUUCCAAAUGUAUAUUAUAAACCUAUGGGUUAUUUAGGAUCUGCUAUUAUUGGUUAUAUUAUUUGUGAUGUUACAGAAUUAGUUAUGAAUGAAAUUUCAGUUAGAGUUUUUUUUCUCGUAUUACAUCACAUAUUAUUUGCUUUAGGGUGUUUGUAUCCUAUACUUCGUCAAAAAUUUGGUGGAGUACUUAUUCUUGGACUUAUUAUGGAAGGAAAUAGUAUAUUUUUACAUGCUAGAUCAAUAGUAAAGUGUAAUGGAGUUAAAAGAGAUAGCAUAGGAUACAAAAUGUUAGCAUUAGUAAAUAUUUUAACAUUUAUUCUAUUUCGAAUUGGAGUAAAUGUUUAUCUAUGCGGUUAUUGUAUAAUAAAUUAUGCUACAAAUAGUUUGAGUGAAACACUAAUUAUAAGCACAGUAAUAUAUGGAUUAAUGAUAGCAAAUAUUUUUCUUUUCUAUAAACUUUUAGUAGCAGAUAGAAUUAUAAGAUCUGGAAAAAAAUCUUCGAUAAAGAACGGCUUUGAUGAUUCAAAUGAUAGUUAUGAAACUGAAACAAUACCUAUUAGUUCAACAACAAAAAUACAAAGUAUUACAUCUUCUAUAAAAUCAAAUGAUUCUGAAUCAUCUUGUUCAUCUAUUGCAAGAACAGUUAUUAUUCCAAUGUCGCAAUAUUCCAUUCCAUCUACAAAUUCAGAAUAUUCUGAUACAUCAUCAUUAACUGAUUCAACAUAUUCGAAAACAAAGUAA